AUGGUUGCCUGCACCCCUGAUUUUGACACCAAGUCUAUCUUGGUUGUACCAAACUCAACUAAUACUAUCAGUAUUACAACUCCACCAUUAAUUUGCGACCCUUCGUGCUUAACACCUGAGUCGCUACUCACUGCCACGCCUCUUGUUGCUGUUGGCUCUGUGCAAAAUGUUGCCCCAGACCUUCCUCGUGUACCCGAUAAUACUCCUGUCGAUGCACUAGCGUUGGGCAGCGUCCCCAAUUACAAUCUGGAUUCUUUUGACUCGCAUUUCAUUGACAAGCUUCUUAACUCAAGUUUGGUUGACUCUGCAGUGGAAGAUCCUAGUAAUUGGGAGUCGCUUUUCCCUGAUUCUAACAAGGCUGUGGCUACAACAUCUGCCAUCUCUCCUCUCUCUCGGCCUUUGUCGACAGUCUCGGAGUUGGUUACAGAUGUUUUACCAACCACCAUAACUGAGGAGAUGGUUUUAUCCCCUGUUACACAUCCUGUUUUUGAAACCAAAUUUGUCCAUGAAAAACGCUCUGCUAUGGUCCUUGCUGGCAAGGAGAAGAAGAAUGAGGAGGACGAUGAUGAUGAGGAAGACGAUGAAGAUCUUGAGAGAAGAAGCAAAAAGCGUCACAUUUCUGCCUUGGAAUUUGAGGAGCUUGCUUCUAUCUCUUUGGACUCUGGGUCUUCUCCCAGUAAGGAGCUACCGCCCAUUGUAGUUGAUCCUUCGGAUAGACGCGCUGUGAAGCGUGCUCGCAACACGAUGGCGGCUCGACGCUCGCGUGAAAAGAAAAAGAUGGAGAUGGACGAUCUGCGUCAAAAGGUGAGCGACCAAGAGCGAGUUAUUAUGAAGCUUGAGGCUCAGGUGAAUCUUUUGCGUACUCUUCUUAACCAGAAGUAA